CGGAGGACGCGUAGCCCGCGACGUCUGCCAGGCUUCUCCGGGUUCGCCGGUGGUCGGGAGGCGAUGGAGCCGGGGCCCACGGCGCCCUCCUCCGGCGCCCCGAGGACGGCAGGGCCCGGGGAGACGCCGCCAGCCGCUGCGUUGACCGCUGCGGGGAUGGACCUGCCCGGUACCGCUGUGCCCUCAGCGCCGGAGGAUGCUGCGGCCGCUAGCCGGGGCGGCGGCGGGGUCCGCGGUGAGGGCGUCGCGGCGGCCGGGGACGGGCUGGGAAGACCUCUGGGGCCCACCCCGAGCCAGAGCCGCUUCCAGGUGGACCUGGUCUCCGAGAGCGCCGGGCGGGCCGCGGCUGCCGCAGCGGCGGCGGGGACGGGGGAGAAGGAGACCCCUGAGUCGGGAAAGGCCGUUGGGGAGAGCGGGCCGACCAAGGGCAGCGAGGAAGCCAAGGGCCGCUUCCGCGUGAACUUCGUGGAUCCGGCCGCCACCUCGUCGGCGGACGAGAGCCUGUCGGAUGCGGCGGGUGUCGCAGGCGACGGACCCAAUGUGAACUUCCAGAACGGCGGGGACACGGUGCUGAGUGAGGGCAGCAGCCUGCACUCGGGCGGCGGCGGCGGCGGCGGCAGCGGGCACCACCAGCACUAUUACUAUGACACCCACACCAACACUUACUACCUGCGCACUUUCGGCCACAACACCAUGGACGCGGUGCCGAGGAUCGACCACUAUCGGCACACGGCCGCGCAGCUGGGCGAGAAGCUGCUCCGGCCCAGCCUGGCGGAGCUCCACGACGAGCUGGAAAAGGAACCUUUUGAGGAUGGGUUUGCAAACGGGGAGGAAACUACUCCAACAAGAGAUGCUGUGGUCACAUAUACUGCGGAAAGUAAAGGAGUCGUGAAGUUUGGUUGGAUCAAGGGUGUGUUAGUACGUUGUAUGUUAAAUAUUUGGGGUGUGAUGCUCUUUAUUAGAUUGUCAUGGAUUGUGGGUCAAGCUGGAAUAGGUCUGUCUGUCCUUGUCAUAACAAUGGCCACUGUUGUGACAACUAUCACAGGAUUGUCUACUUCAGCAAUAGCUACUAACGGAUUUGUAAGAGGAGGAGGGGCAUAUUAUUUAAUAUCUAGAAGUCUAGGGCCUGAAUUUGGUGGUGCCAUUGGCCUGAUCUUCGCUUUUGCUAAUGCUGUUGCAGUUGCUAUGUAUGUGGUUGGAUUUGCAGAAACUGUGGUGGAGUUGCUUAAGGAACAUUCCAUACUUAUGAUAGAUGAAAUCAAUGAUAUCCGAAUUAUUGGAGCGAUUACAGUGGUGAUCCUUUUAGGUAUCUCAGUAGCUGGAAUGGAAUGGGAAGCAAAAGCUCAAAUUGUUCUUUUGGUGAUUCUACUACUUGCUAUUGCUGAUUUCGUCAUAGGAACAUUUAUCCCAUUGGAAAGCAAGAAGCCCAAAGGUUUCUUUGGUUAUAAAUCAGAAAUAUUUAAUGAGAACUUCGGACCAGAUUUUCGAGAUGAAGAGACUUUCUUUUCUGUAUUUGCUAUCUUUUUUCCUGCUGCAACUGGUAUUCUGGCUGGAGCAAAUAUCUCAGGUGACCUUGCAGAUCCUCAGUCAGCCAUACCCAAAGGAACACUUUUAGCCAUUUUAAUUACUACGAUGGUUUACGUAGGAAUUGCAGUAUCUGUAGGUUCUUGCGUUGUUCGGGAUGCCACUGGGAACAUUAAUGACACUAUUGUGACAGAGUUAGCAAACUGUACUUCUGCGGCAUGCAAAUUAAACUUUGAUUUUUCAUCUUGUGAAACUGGUCCUUGUUCUUAUGGCCUAAUGAACAACUUCCAGGUAAUGAGCAUGGUGUCAGGAUUUGCACCAUUAAUCUCUGCAGGUAUCUUUUCAGCUACUCUUUCUUCUGCAUUAGCAUCCCUUGUGAGCGCUCCCAAAAUAUUCCAGGCUCUGUGUAAGGACAACAUCUACCCAGCUUUCCAGAUGUUUGCCAAAGGUUAUGGGAAGAACAAUGAACCUCUUCGUGGCUACAUCUUAACAUUCUUAAUUGCACUUGGAUUCAUCCUAAUUGCUGAGCUGAAUGUUAUUGCUCCGAUUAUCUCUAACUUCUUCUUAGCAUCGUAUGCAUUGAUCAAUUUUUCAGUAUUCCAUGCCUCUCUUGCAAAAUCUCCAGGAUGGCGCCCUGCAUUCAAAUACUACAACAUGUGGAUAUCGCUUCUUGGAGCAAUUCUUUGCUGCAUAGUGAUGUUUGUCAUUAACUGGUGGGCGGCAUUGCUUACGUAUGUUAUAGUCCUUGGGCUGUACAUUUAUGUCACCUACAAAAAACCAGAUGUGAAUUGGGGAUCCUCUACACAAGCUCUGACUUACCUGAGUGCGUUGCAGCAUUCAAUUCGUCUUUCUGGAGUAGAAGACCAUGUGAAAAACUUUAGGCCACAGUGUCUUGUUAUGACAGGUGCUCCAAACUCACGCCCAGCUUUACUUCAUCUUGUUCAUGAUUUCACAAAAAAUGUUGGUUUGAUGAUCUGUGGCCAUGUACAUAUGGGCCCUCGAAGACAAGCCAUGAAAGAGAUGUCCAUUGAUCAAGCCAAAUACCAGCGAUGGCUUAUUAAAAACAAAAUGAAGGCUUUUUAUGCUCCAGUUCAUGCAGAUGACUUGAGAGAAGGUGCACAAUAUUUGAUGCAGGCUGCUGGUCUCGGUCGUAUGAAACCAAACACACUUGUCCUUGGAUUUAAGAAAGAUUGGUUGCAAGCAGAUAUGAGGGAUGUGGAUAUGUAUAUAAAUUUAUUUCAUGAUGCCUUUGACAUCCAAUAUGGAGUGGUGGUUAUCCGCUUAAAGGAGGGCCUGGAUAUAUCUCAUCUUCAAGGACAAGAAGAAUUGCUGUCAUCACAAGAGAAGUCUCCUGGUGCAAAGGAUGUGGUACUAAGUAUGGAAUAUAGUAAAACAUCAGAUUUAGGUACUUCCAAACAAUCUGGUGAAAAAACCGUUAAAGAUGAGGAAGAGGAUGGCAAGACUCCAACUCAACCACUGUUGAAAAAAGAAUCGAAAGGCCCUGUUGUGCCUUUAAAUGUAGCUGACCAAAAGCUCCUUGAAGCUAGUACACAGUUUCAGAAAAAACAAGGAAAGAACACUAUUGACGUCUGGUGGCUUUUUGAUGAUGGAGGUUUGACCUUAUUGAUACCUUAUCUUCUAACUACCAAGAAAAAAUGGAAAGACUGUAAGAUUAGAGUAUUCAUUGGAGGAAAAAUAAACAGAAUAGACCACGACCGGAGAGCGAUGGCUACUUUGCUUAGCAAGUUCCGGAUAGACUUCUCCGACAUCAUGGUCCUAGGAGAUAUUAAUACCAAACCAAAGAAAGAAAAUAUUGUAGCUUUUGAUGAAAUGAUUGAGCCGUACAGACUUCAUGAAGACGACAAAGAGCAAGAUAUUGCAGAUAAAAUGAAAGAAGAUGAACCGUGGCUAAUAACAGAUAAUGAGCUUGAACUUUAUAAGACAAAGACAUACCGGCAGAUCAGGUUAAAUGAAUUAUUAAAAGAACAUUCAAGCACAGCUAAUAUUAUUGUCAUGAGUCUCCCAGUUGCAAGAAAAGGUGCUGUGUCUAGUGCUCUCUACAUGGCAUGGUUAGAAGCUCUAUCUAAGGAUCUACCACCAAUCCUCCUAGUCCGAGGGAAUCAUCAGAGUGUCCUUACCUUCUAUUCUUAAAUGUUCACUACACAUGGACAGCCUAGUGCCUAGUGAAGUAACUGAAAUCUUCAGUGACUUGUUAACAUCACAAUGGCGAACUGUGACUUUUCUUUUACUGUUUCAUUGAUUUGAAAGCACACAGGAAGUUGCUCCAUUGAUACGUUUAUGGAGACUUCGGUUUUAGUCAAUUCCUUAUUUCAGUCUUAAUGAAUGAGGAUUCCUUGUUGAACUGAAGCUGGUGAGAGUAAAGUUUCCCUUUGCUACGUGAAUAGCAAUAAAAGUGUGUUAUUUUUUGAUUGAUGGAAGGAGUACAGAAGCCUUUAGCCUUGAGGUGCCUUCUGAAAUUAACCAAAUUUCAUCCAUAUAUCCUCUUUUAUAAAUUUAUAGAAUGUCAGACUUUGCCUUCAGCUAUUUUUAUUUCUAGUCUCUUCCACUUUAAAAUAAAAUGGAUGCUACUUUUCUUUUCCAUUGACCAAUUAGUGUUGAAUACUUUGUUUUCUAUUACUUUGUAAAGGUGUCUGUUAGAUACUAAAAGUGAGAAUUAGGGCAGUUAAUGAAAAACGGGGAAAAAAAAUGGGAACCAAAAGCAACCCCAAAGUUAGGCUUGUAUAAAUACAUAUAUAUGUAGACCUAGGGAAAAAAGGCCCAAUAUACCUUUUUUUCUCUCUCGGAUUGGCUCUUAUUUAUAUUUUUUGUUAUUAUUUCUCAGAACCUUAGGGAAGGUUGAAGAGUUAUCCAGUACUUCUGUAUACCAUGCUGAAAAAUUCUUUAAACAGAAAUGCUGAAGAUCAUUUGAAUUUAUUAGGAGAGCUCCGUCCUAAUUUAGAGUUUCCCUCAAAUCUGAGGGACUUUUAUGAAAUGCUAACAGAUUUUUCUAGAGGAAAUUUAGACAAAGCAAUGUCAUUUAAUAGACCUGUUUUAAUAAAUGCUACAUGGAAUUUCACUGUAUUGUACCCUCCUUUAUAAAUCAUUAAAAUAUUUAAUGUUCUAUCAAA